AGGUGUUCCACAUCAAGGACCAUGUCUUCCUUGGAACCAGGUUUGCGGCUAUGGAUCGGGCCAUAUUCGACGCCCUCGAGAUCAAAGCUGUCGUGAACCUCACGGCUGGUGCCAGCCGGGUUCCCAACCGCUUCGAGGCCUGGGGGGUCCAGUACCUGCACGUGGAGCUCAUGGACGAGCUGGUCACCGACCCCAGCCAGGCCGUGCCCAUGGGGGUCGCGGCGCUGCGCAGGUGGGGCGAGGACGGCCUGAACGUCCUGGUCCACUGCCAGAUGGGCCUGAGCAGGUCGACGCUCCUGGUGCUGGCCUGGCUGAUGCGGCACGCCGGGCUGUCCCUCAAGGCCGCCGCCGGCCUGAUGGUGGAGAGGCGGGGCAGGAGGCCGAAGUGCAACCCCUCCUUCUGGUUCUACCUGGCUGCUCUUGAGCGGGAGCUGCACGGCUGGGGCCCGUGCAGGGAACCCAGCUUCAACUUCCUGCCGUGGCUCGUAGAGGAUCUUGGUGAGAUGGGGAUGAACUUCUCCAAACAUCAGAUUGAGGAGGCCGUUCGCAAAGAAGCAGACUGGGUCACGUUCGCGUCCUUCUACACAGCGCUCAGCGGAACGGGCUUCAAGAAGCUGAUGGCGGCCCAGUCCAUUGCGCAGAAACCGCCCCCGGAGGUGCAGUCGCCGACGUCCGCGAGACUCUGCCGUCGAGCCGCCGAGACUGCAGCAGCCCCUCCGCCGGCCGGUC